AUGUUUCUUAACAACAUGUCGGUGUAUACAAUUCCUUAUAUGCGUAUGAUAUUUCUCGUAAUUAGUUUAACUGUUUCCAAAGUCAUUACUCUCAUCACAUAUACAUUAUUUACCAAACAUCAAGAUAUUCAAACCGUAAAUGAUUCAGCAAGUAAUUCAAAGAGUUUAUUUGUAUCUAUACGACUCAAUCCGCUGACACAAAUCGAUGAUUUUGAUGGUAGCCAGCAUCAAUCAACGACAUUACCGAUUAAUGAUGAUGAAGAACUAAUUAAAUCAGAUAUACCAUCAAUUGUGGCUUCAAAUUUUUGUGAAAAUGAUACCAUUGAAUUACGUUUAGACCAAGAUGCUGAAUACGAAAAUGAAAAUACAAAUUAA